AUGGAGUCUUCAGUCCGCAAAGAGGCGAUAUCAGAAUCAUCGUUAGCCGGUAAUCGCCCUGCUAUCCAGAGUGAGGAUAAUUCAGUAUCUCAACUGGCUUAUUCCGAAGAGGAUGAACUACUAUUUCAUAUGUCGCAAGUCGGUGAUGAUGCACUAUCCCCAACAUCAAAGAAAAUUAUCGAGAAGAACACGGUGCCAUUCACAGCUACGCCAUCAGGAGCGAAGAAGGAAACGCCCUUUACAAUUCAGCGUCCUUCCAGAUCUGGAUCAACCGUGCUAGACUUCGGUUAUGCAAACCCUAGUCAGACAGAUGUUACCUUCUCGUUCCGUCCACCACCAGGGCGACAGUCCAACGUCUCGAAGCGUAGUAAUCCCGGAACAGAAAGACAGAGACAGAAGCCCCUAGCUUUGGAAGACGAAAACGUGUCUACUGGAAAUGAGGCAGCAAGUUAUGGAUCACCAAAUCCCGAUGGACUUUUAGAACGGCCUGAUCAAGCUCGCGAAUACAGUGCACCAGAGCACCAAGCUUUGAUCGCUACGGGAAAUGGUGGCUUGACACAAGAAAGACCCGGGGCUAAUGGUGAUGAUGCACCCGGGGAACAGGGACAUUCAACGACCGAUCCUCAAGACCAGACGGAGUCUAUUAGAAGUGAGAAACAAUGCAUUUCAAAAACCCAUACUCGCGAGUACGAGACCGCUGGUGGGCCAGUGCUGCCAACACCAUUGACGACUCGAAAAUACAAAGUUACUAAGAAUCGAAAGAAGCAGCGAUCUAGAGUCGGAGGUUCACGGCGGGAAUCUCCUAUUCUCUCGAACGACGACUCACGGCCGUCGGAAGAAGAUCUCUUCUACCUUCUGAUCCAGAGACUUCGUCAAAGAGAGGAGCAGGAAGCAAGUAAUUCUGCUUUAAGAGAGCAAAUGAAAUCAGAUAUAGUUGAGCUAAGCGAGGAGAACCAGUCGUUGAGGGCCCAGAUGGAGCAGUGUCGUUCCAGACAAGAAGAGCAGGAAAUAGAAAUCGACACUAGGAAACGCCAGUCGGAACAUUGGAAAAUGAAACUCUCCAAGUUAAGACGUGUCCUCAACGGCCUGGGAAAGGAGUUCAAGAUUCUGCGAGACGAGGCGAAUGACCUUAAGAGAACAGAAGCGGGACUACUCCAAGAGAAAAGCGAGUUAGUAAAGUGCCUUGAUGAAAUAAAAGUGAACAUUGAUCAAGCUUCCCGCAAAGUCAGUCAGCAGCCCGCACAUGUCGCCGCAAUUACAGCAGACUUCAAUGUUAUGACGCAGGCUUUACGUUCAGCACAGGAUAAGACAUCCUAUUACCAUGACCGGCUCCUUUAUGAGCAGAGGCGCGUCUCGAAGCUUGAACGAUAUAUACAAUCUUCAGCAAAUGAGCAUAGCCUUCAGCUGAAGUUCACGAAAGACAUGCAAUCGCAGGUUCUAGGUAGACUAGAUACUGUCAUUGAGCAUGUGAAGCAAAGGUGGGAAUCUUCGCAGGAUAUCCUUCAGUCCGCCAUACCUCCCGUGCUACAAGAAUGUUUAGAAUCAGUGAACGUCCUGCUUCAGAAGAAUCCAGUAGAGAAGUCUGACAUUCGAGACCUGAACCAAUCACUUGCUACUCAGAUAUCAAGUCUAGAGGCGCUUGUGACCAAUUCGGUUGGAAAUCUCGACAUUACUAAGGAAAUACAGGAUGUGAUCAGAACUGAGAUGCAUGGACAGCUACAAAGAGUGGAAGAUGUCAUGUCUUCUUCUCUCAUUACGUCGCAUGAAUUUGCAGAUGCACGGGAACGUCAAGGAAGACUUGAAGAGAAACUGAAAACAUCAGAAGAGACUGUUCUAAAGCUUCGAGAGAUAACAAAGGAGCUUCAACUAAGAGAGACUGAGCUGACAGGAGAGUCGAUGAGACUAAAGGAAAGCCUUGCAAACUGCGAGAGGGAGAUGAACGAUGCCGCUAUCAAAAGCAGAGAGGAUAUGUUUCCCACGGUACCAGAACUCCAGAUUCAGCUUCAAACCACGUCUGCUGCUCUUACAGAAGCGCUUGAAUCGAUAAAGGACAAGGAAUCUCAGAUAGAAACUUUGCAGCAGGAGUUAGUUGAGACGAGAUUGAACACAGCAAAUGCUGAGGAGCGCCUUGAACAACUCGAACGUGAGAAGGCGACUUUGAAAGAUGAGAUGUGCCACAUGGAAGCAAAAAUUCGCGAAGAACUGGGGAGAGCAAGUAUUAUAGCACGAGACAAAAUCAAGGCUCAGUUUGAGCAGCAACUCCAUCGAGCACAAAAGGAGAAGACUGCUCUACAGACGAGUGCACAAAAGCUGGAGCAAACAAUCAGCGAGUUGAAAGCUACCAUUCUCACUGCAAGGGAGGAAGAUAUACGAUAUCUGCAGCACAGACUAGCUGAAUGUGAGGCUCGAGCCGUAUCACUAGAGACGGAACUAGGGGAGUAUAGGCAACAAGGAACGCCAGGGCAAGAAGCCGGUGCAGGUACAGAAGGAAGGCCUGUGGAGAAUUCUGAGGAACUACAGAAAAGAAUUGAUGUCCUAGAAGGACAACUAUCAGGGGCACAGGGUGAAAUUAGGUCCGUAUCAGAAAGACUCGUUACUGCAGAAUCGGCGAAAAGUGCACUCGAGUCGGGAAAGGCCAGGGCCAAAUCAGAGAUGCAUUCACUUCUCCACAGGAUCCAAGAAUCGGAAUCAUGGAAGAAGGAAGGAGAAUUAGUCCUCCAGAAAUUGGGUAUCAUCGAGUCCGGGAAUCCUCCUCAGGUCUCAUGGCCGAUCAUUGAGGGGCGGUUGAACGAGAUGCUCGAUACUCGAGUACAAAAAACACCGAAUACACGACAGGAGAAAGUUCGCCAUAUUUCCAACGAUAUACAGUCCAGGGAGUUUGUCCGCACAGAGGUCGUUUAUCGGUCUGAAAGUGUCCAUGCGAGUGGCCAUACGUCUCCGAGCCCACAUGUGACAUUUCAAGCCCAAGUAUCUGCCAGCGGCCCGGCUGACGGCUCUUCUAGACGUCUUCCAAGCUCCAUAGUUCCUUUCUCCCAUGUUCAAAAUGCGAUCACUCAUGUCCCUUGUUCACCAAGCGAGAGCUUGAGCGAUAUCAGAAUCCAGUUACCUUCUACGCCGCAGGAAGGUUUAUCAGAAAAGGAGGGGCAUUACACAUUGGCCGCCGGAAAGGAAAUCAGCACCGCAAAAUCCGCCCACGAUGCCGAAAAGGAAAUAACUGUGAAGCAUAUGCCAGACAAAAGUGCUGCGGCCCUCGAUCACCAUCAUGUAGCAGGAAAACAAAUGCCGAAGAGAGAAGAGCAGAAUGCACCUAAUCUCAAAGGAGAUGGAGAGACGAAGUCUAGACUUGACCCAGCUGCUACCAAAAAGACUGGUAUCAAACGGAAAUCUAGAGGACAGCUAACACAAGACAGCCUCACCAGCGUGGACUCGCCUUCUGUUUCCGCGAGCCGGAAUGGCGAAUCUCCUAUCCAUAACCAGUCAGAAGCAAAUUAUCGGAUCAAGCGCGGAGAAGCGCCGAAAGGCAUUCUGAAAGGGUCUACUACAUUAAUGGAGAGCAACAUCCAGAAAGGUGCCGCAAUAAAAACGCCAGAGCGUCCAAGAAACAAAAGAGCAAAACGAUAUGGGACCUCUGUAGCAGACUCUCUAUCCGUUACGGACACACCAACCGUCUCUGGGUACUUUGAUAAUGGUGCUAGUCCUCUCAUCUCGGCUUCCGGAAGCCAACGUCCUAAACGGAGAGACCACCAACACCAUCUCCCGGCGACGCGCAGCACCACUCGUGGUCGUCGCAGGUCUAGAGGUAAGCUAAGACGUCCAUAG